UCUAUAUAUAUAUAUAUAUAUCUCCUUCUCACAUGAAAUGACCUUGAUGCCCUCCCACAUAGCAAACCGUUCUGUUGCAACCCACUGGUGUGCUCCUCUAUGUUGCUUGCUCAGUGAACCCUUUCCUUAUAUUUAUUUAUAUCUUCUCUGAAAACUUUUGAUUGGCUUAAAGUGAGAAUUUACAUUACUCACCCAAUAGGAAAGACGACCUUUCAUCAUCUAAUGAGAAAAGCUCCGAAUUAACUACAGUAACAACUAAUAAGAAAAGAGGAGCCAACUCAGCUUUAAAAAGCAAUCCCAAACCGAGAUAAGCUUUAAAAUAUAAAAAGGAAGAAAAUAAAUUUUAUAAGAGCCCACAACUUAAGUAAUUAAUAAAUCCCAAAUAAAGAAGAGUUUUCAUCAUCUAACCAAUAGGAAAGCUCCGAAUUAACCCAUUACAGUAACAACUAAUAAGAAAAGAGGAGCCAACUCAGCUUUAAAAAGCAAUCCCAAACCGAGAUAAGUUUUAAAAUAUAAUAAGGAAGAAAAUAAAUUUUAUAAGAGCCUACAACUUAAGUAAUUAAUAAAUCCCGAAUUCCAACCUGCUGUAUUGGAUUUUACGUUACAUUCUGCUAUUUAUGGAAAAACUCUGAGCUUACAAAGUUAACCUCUGCAUUUUCUUUCAUGGUGACACCACCUGGUGAUCUCACCAUGAGAGCUCCGCUCUUGUAAGUGUAUUCAUUAUAUUACUAAAAGAUUUGAAGGAUGAUUUGACUGUAUAUAAAGUACCUAGUGGUGAGCAUCUAAGAAACUACUUAUUUUGGGUUCGGGGAAAUUUCUUUGGAAAUUUUUUGAGAGUUUAAAUGGUAAGGUUUCGAUGAAAUGAAAUAGAGCCACUAUUGGUAUUCUGUUUGGAGCAAUGGCUGCAGGAUCCUCACCUCCUCGACUCUAUUCUCCAGCUCAGCCACAGUACCCAACACUGUCACCAUUCACCCCGAACUCUAUUGGCUUGACUACCCUCCAUCUCUGUAAUUUCUUCAUUCGGUCACUGGCGCUCCUCUUCUCCUUUGUCUCUGCUACCUCACUUGUUGCAUCCGAUGCCAACAAGAAGAAAGACGAUGAAAUCAGGUUUAGGUUUUUCAGUAUCCAGAAUUAAGGUGUGUGAUGCUGAUUUGGUAUAUUCUACAAUUCCUGUUUCUCUUUCUUGGUACAGCUUCGGAGUUACCAUUUUGUCAGCUAUUUACUCAGCCUCCCAACUCUAUAAAGGUGUAUAUGACAUUGUUCACAGAAGUCGUCUCAUCUCAGAUUUGGUUCCUGACUAUCUAAGCUUCAUUCUUAUGGCUUUUUGGCUGGUGGGAUUGAUGCAACAGCUGCCAUGCUACCUUCUCAUUUCAUCAUCUUCACUAUCAGUGCCGGCCAUCCUUCGGAUAGAAAGCGGUUCGCCGGUUUGGAAGGCAACCAUUGUGUCAUUGAGCAUGUCAUUCGCUGCUUUCUUAGUCUUCAUAGCUUGCAGUCUUUUGUCCGGCUACAAGCUCUGCAAGAGAAUCAUCUGGUGAAUGUGGAUUCUUAUGUUGCUUUCAAUUCAGUGAGCAUGUCAUUCGCAGCUUUCUUAAGUCUUCAUAGCUUGCAGUCUUUUGUCCGGCUACAAGCUCAAGAAAAUUAUCUGGUGAAUGUGGAUUUUUAUGUUGCUUUCAACUCAACUCGGUUCAGCUUUACCCAUCCAAGUAAUGGGUUGGCGACGUAGAUCAUUUUUCUCUUAUCAGCGUUAUACAAAGACAUGCUUGUUACCGGUUCUAAGCUAUAUAUAUAUAUAUAUAUAUAUGUCUUUCCUCACCAUUUCUCAAGGGUUCAUUGUAGGCUUACCCUUUUAGCCUUAUGUUGCUUCACAAAAAUAAAUAAAUAAGUAAAAUACUUAUGUUGAUGUUUGUUA